CGAGCCAUCGUGUCACCAUGCCGGGCCUCACCAUCGGCGACACCGUCCCCAACAUGGAGCUGGAGUCCACCCAGGGCCCGAUCCGCAUCCACGACUUCGUCGGCGACGGCUACGCCAUCAUCUUCUCCCACCCCGCUGAUUUCACCCCGGUCUGCACGACGGAGAUGGCGGCGAUGGCCGGCUACGCCAAAGAGUUCGAGAGGAGGGGCGUGAAGCUGCUCGGCAUCUCCUGCGACGACGUGCAGUCCCACAAGGAGUGGAUCAAGGACAUUGAGGCAUACAAGCCUGGGAGCAACCUGACGUACCCGAUCAUGGCGGACCCCGACCGCGAAGCGAUCAAGCAGCUCAACAUGGUGGAUCCCGACGAGAAGGACUCCAGUGGGGUCAAUCUGCCUUCUCGCGCCCUCCACAUCAUCGGCCCGGACAAGAAGGUGAAGCUGAGCUUCCUGUACCCGGCGUGCACGGGGCGGAAUAUGGACGAGGUGCUGCGGGCGGUGGACUCGCUGCUGACGGUGGCCAAGCACAAGGUGGCGACGCCGGCGAACUGGAAGCCCGGGGAGUGCGUCGUCGUCGAGCCGAGCGUGUCCGACGAGGAGGCCAAGAAGAUGUUCCCCCAGGGGUUCGAGACCGCCGACCUGCCGUCCAAGAAGGGCUACCUCCGCUUCACCAAGGUCUAGUUUGGACCUAUCGCGUCGAACUAUGGGCUCAGUCGUCUUUUGUGUAGUGUUGUGUCGCUGUAGUGCUGUACUAUGGGCUCUAUGUAUGUAUGCCAUAAUGUCAGGGCCAGGGUACUUUCUGAACUUUGGCACACAGAUACCGUGUGUGUGAAACGUACCUAUGUGCUCAACCGGAUCCGGAUCCCUGACUUCGUGACUUCGUCGCUGCGUCAGCGACGGCACGUAAUAUCAGGAGAUCCUCGUCUGCUCAACCUGAAGAAGUAUGUGUUUCCCUGGAUCCGGAAGUA